AUGGAGAAGGCUGACCAGUCCGUUCAGGUUUUUGGCAGAAAAAAAACAGCGACAGCUGUUGCUCAUUGCAAGUUGGGCUCGGGCAACAUACGAGUAAAUGGUCGACCCAUAGCAGCUCUGGAACCCAAGCCCCUCAUUCCCAAAUUGAUGGAACCCAUCCUGCUCAUCGGCCGAGAUCGUUUCGCGCGUCUUGAUAUCCGAAUCCGAGUUAGUGGUGGUGGACGAGUUGCUCAGAUGUAUGCCAUCCGACAAGCUCUGGCCAAGUCGGUUGUCGCCUUCCAUCAGAAAUUCGUUGAUGAAACAUCGAAAAACAUCAUGAAGGACAAAUUGGUUCAAUAUGACCGCAGCCUGUUGGUCGCUGAUCCCCGACGUUGCGAACCCAAGAAGUUCGGCGGCCCUGGUGCUCGUGCUCGUUACCAGAAGUCAUACCGUUGA